AAAUGUACAGACGUUGUAAGCAAUCGGCAAACUUCAUUCAAGACGACAAAUAGGGCUGAAAUGCAUCUAAUCGGCUUUCUUACGAUUUGCUGUUGUUUCUUUAACCAUAAUGUCGAUUGCGCAUUCUGCCAACAACCAGUCACAGUAACAAAAGGAUGUAUAGAGAAACACAACUGCAACGCCGGAUUCAAAGCACUUGUUCUGUCUGAAGAUGCUGCGGCAGCGAUGAUGGAAGUUUCGUCAUUCUUGAACGCCGAGUAUAAACGCCGUUGUUUGGCAUGCGCAAGCCAUCAGAACCUUUCAACUACACCACGUGACUGUCAGGACUGGUACACUUCGGGGUUUCGUGAUACCGGCGUUUAUACCAUCUAUCCGAGCCCGCGAUUUACAUUUCAGGUCAGGUGUGACAUGGUGACGGAUGGAGGAGGAUGGACAAUUAUACAGAGACGGGUGUCCGCCAGCGACUUCUACAAAUCUUGGGCCGAAUACAAGGCCGGGUUUGGCGAUGAACAAAACUUCUGGCUCGGCAAUGAGAAAAUCUUUGCACUGACAGGCACAGGGGGCUACAGACUACGAGUUGAUUUGACAGCAGUCGGAGGUGCAGCUACAUUCGCGACAUAUCAACAGUUUGCAGUCGCAGGGGAGAAUGAUUCAUACAGAUUGUCAGUGGCAAAUUAUAGUGGAACUGCGGGCGAUAGUCUGUCGUAUUCGAACAACAUGGCGUUCACCGUUAAAGAUCGUGAUAAUGAUAUGUAUAAUGAUAACUGCGCUACGUGGUUGCAAAGCGCGUGGUGGUUCAACAUAUGCCGUCAGGCAGAUUUAAAUGGGCCUUAUGGUGGAGACAGAUAUAUAAGAGGACUUAUUUGGUAUUAUUGGCUUGGUGAAAGAGAGUCGUUAGCAAGUUCGGAAAUGAAAAUACGGAGAAGAUAACUGAUUGCUAAGAAAUGUUAACAUCAUUUCUUUUAAAGUGAGCCAUCAUAUUAAUUGUAGAUGUUUUGUUUACAGACGGCGUUAAAUAUAUUUGUUUUCCGGACUCAAUAUACUGUUAUACAAACGG